GGAUCGGCGGCGAUGGCGCUGGAGACCCUGUCCCCGGACUGGGAGUUCGACCGCCUCGACGACGGCUCGCAGAAAAUUCAUGCUGAAGUGCAGUUGAAGAGCUAUGGAAAAUUCCUUGAGGAAUAUACAUCUCAGCUGAAAAGAAUUGAAGAUGCUUUGGAUGACUCUGUUGGAGAUGUUUGGGACUUCAGUCUUGAUCCCAUUGCUUUAAAGCUUUUGCCAUAUGAACAGUCCUCCCUACUGGAGCUCAUAAAGACAGAAAACAAGGUUCUAAACAAAGUUAUAACAGUGUAUGCUGCUCUUUGCUGUGAAAUCAAGAAGUUAAAAUAUGAGGCAGAAACUAAAUUUUAUAAUGGCCUCCUGUUUUAUGGAGAAGGAGCCACAGAUUCCAGCAUGGUGGAGGGAGAUUGCCAAAUACAGAUGGGAAGAUUUGUUUCUUUCUUGCAGGAGCUGUCCUGCUUUGUUACCCGAUGUUAUGAAGUGGUGGUGAAUGUAGUGCAUCAGCUGGCUGUUCUGUAUACCAGCAACAAGAAUGCACCUAAAAUUAUAGAGACAUCUGGAGUUCAUUUUCAGGCAAUGUAUGAGCAUCUAGGAGAGUUGCUCACAAUCUUGAUAACUCUGGAUGAAAUAAUUGACAAUCAUGCCACACUGAAAGAUCACUGGACCAUGUAUAAGAGGCUGCUAAAAUCUGUCCAUCACAACCCUUCUAAGUUUGGGAUUCAAGAAGAUAAACUAAAGCCAUUUGAAAAACUGCUGUUAAAACUGGAAUGCCAGUUACUUGAUGGAAUGAUAUUUCAGGCCUGUAUAGAGCAACAAUUUGAUUCUUUAAAUGGUGGCGUGACUGUGUCAAAGAACAGCACAUUUGCUGAAGAAUUUGCUCAUAUUCUUCGUACAUCUUUCUCAAAUGUCGAAGCCAAACUUGGUGAACCUUCAGAAAUUGACCAGAGAGAUAAAUAUGUGGGCAUCUGUGGCCUCUUUGUAUUGCAUUUUCAGAUUUUUCGGACUGUAGACAAGAAAUUUUAUAAGUCAUUGUUGGAUGUCUGUAAGAAGGUACCAGCCAUUACAUUAACAGCUAACAUUAUCUGGUUUGCUGACAAUUUUCUGAUUCAGAAGAUUCCAGCUGCUGCCAAACUACUGGACAAGAAAAGUAUUCAUACAGUUAAAACACAAAGGGAGAACUUUCUACAGCAGAGGGCACAGUCACUUACCAAAGAUAUGCAGUCAUAUUAUGUUUUUGUGAGCUCGUGGAUGACAAAAAUGGAAUCUAUCUUGUCCAAGGAGCAGCGCACAACAAAGUUUUCUGAAGAUCUUUCUAACCGCUGCAAUGUCUUCAUCCAGGGUUUUCUUUAUGCAUACAGUCUUAGCAACAUCAUUAAAACAACAAUGAAUCUUUACAUGUCAAUGCAAAAACCUAUGACCAAAACCUCAGUAAAAGCCUUGUGCAGACUUGUGGAGCUUCUGAAGGCAAUAGAAUAUAUGUUUUACCGAAGAAGCAUGGUUGUGGCAGACUCUGUGACGCACAUCACUCAGCAUCUGCAGUAUCAGGCUCUUCUCUCUAUCUCUGUGGCCAAGAAAAGGGUGAUUUCUGAUAGGAAGUACAGUGAGCAGCGCCUGGAUGUCCUCUCUGCUUUGGUGUUGGCUGAGAACACCCUCAAUGGGCCAAGCACAAAACAGAGGCGACUGAUUGUUUCCCUUGCACUGAGUGUGGGAACACAGAUGAAAACAUUUAAAGAUGAAGAACUUAUUCCCCUUCAGUUAGUUCUGAAAAAACUGGACUUGAUCAGUGAACUUACAGAGAGAGUUCGAGCACAAUGUGACUGUUGUUUCUUAUACUGGCAUCGAGCUGUCUUUCCAAUCUAUUUAGAUGAUGUCUAUGAAAAUGCAGUGGAUUCUGCUAGACUACAUUAUAUGUUUAGUGCACUACGGGACUGUGUACCUGCUAUGAUGUAUGCAAGACACUUGGAAUCUUAUGAGGUGCUUCUGGAAUGCUAUGACAAAGAAAUCAUGGAAGUGCUCAAUGAGCACUUGCUGGACAAAUUGUGUAAAGAGAUAGAAAAGGACCUGCGCUUAUCAGUUCACACUCACCUGAAGUUAGAUGACAGAAACCCCUUCAGAGCUGGCAUGAAGGACUUGGCUCACUUCUUCUUUCUGAACCCAAUACGUUUUUUCAAUCGGUUCAUUGACAUAAAAGCUUAUGUAACUCAUUAUUUGGACAAGACCUUCUACAACUUAACAACUGUAGCACUUCACGACUGGGCCACCUACAGCGAGAUGAGAAAUUUGGCAACCCAGCGCUAUGGUUUAAGUAUGACUGAAGCUCACCUCCCCAGCCAAACUCUGGAGCAGGGUCUGGAUGUUUUGGAAAUCAUGAGAAAUAUUCAUGUUUUUGUAUCCCGCUACCUCUACAAUUUGAAUAAUCAGAUCUUCAUUGAAAGAACUAGUAAUAACAAACACUUGAACACCAUCAAUAUCCGACACAUUGCUAACUCAAUUCGAACUCAUGGAACAGGAAUCAUGAACACAACAGUAAAUUUCACUUACCAGUUCUUGAGGAAAAAGUUUUACAUUUUUAGCCAGUUCAUGUAUGAUGAACAUAUCAAAUCCAGACUUAUCAAAGACAUUAGAUUCUUCAGGGAAGUCAAAGAUCAAAAUGAUCACAAGUAUCCCUUUGAAAGAGCAGAUAAAUUCAACCGUGGCAUCAGAAAACUUGGAAUAACUCCAGAUGGCCAGAGCUAUCUUGACCAGUUCAGACAACUCAUAAGUCAAAUUGGCAACGCUUUGGGUUAUGUACGAAUGAUAAGAUCUGGUGGACUUCACUGCUGCAGUAGUGCUAUUAGGUUUGUUCCUGAUCUGGAAGAUAUUGUUAACUUUGAAGAGCUGGUGAAAGAAGAAGAACUCUCAGAAGAAACACAAAAAGCAGCAAGGCAGCUGGACUCUGUGCUGAGUGACCUGACCCGGAACUUUGCAGAGGGAACAGAGUACUUCAAAAUGCUGGUGGAUGUGUUUGCCCCCGAGUUCCGCAGCACAAAGAACAUGCACUUGCGGAACUUCUACAUCAUUGUUCCCCCCCUGACCCUCAAUUUUGUGGAGCAUUCAAUCAGUUGUAAGGAGAAGUUGAAUAAGAAGAACAAAAGUGGAGCAGCUUUCACUGAUGAUGGGUUUGCCAUGGGUGUGGCUUACAUUCUGAAGCUUUUGGAUCAGUACCAGGAGUUUGAUUCUCUGCACUGGUUCCAGUCUGUUAGAGAGAAGUAUGUGAAGGAAAUAAGAGCAGUAGCUAAGCAACAGAACGUACAGUCCACUAAUCAAGAUGAAAAACUACUACAGACUAUGAACCUUACCCACAAGCGACUGGAAGUUUGUUUACAGGAAUUUGAACUCCUAUAUUUCUCGCUAAGUAGUGCAAGAAUUUUUUUCAGAGCAGAUAAAACUGCAGCAGAAGAAAGCCAGGAAAAGAAAGAAAAAGAAGAAGAAUCUGGUAAAGCAAGCAAUGGAGAUCUUUCCAACUCUACACCUGCAGAGCCUGUUGUGAAAUGACAUGGCUGAACUACUCCAGGUUAAAAUGAAGGAUGAGAAACAAAGAAAGCAAAUCAAAAACUCAAAGCAAGUACUUCAAGCCUUUAUCUGUCAUGAAACUAAAGCAUGUGGGGAGCCCCUGUGACUACAAACUAUGUAACUACCGCCACUAAAAAUCUGGAUCAGAUCUCUGUGCAAGAAAUUUAUUUGCAGCUGAGACCACAACACAAGUCUGCAAGUGCAGAAUUCAGAGAUUCUCAGAAACGACCCAACUCCCUUGAACAUCCUGGGGAAAUUCACAACUGCCUUCACAUGAUACCAAGUAAAGCAAAUGCCCUGAGCGCUUCCAGAAAACACAGUUUACAGACUUCUUCACAAGUGCCGAGGCAGAAAAGAAAUCAAAGUCAUGUGCUGAACAUACCUGCUUUUCAUAAGCAAGGAGCUGCUUCGAAAGCUGUUGUGUGGCAAGACACAUUUCAUUCUACAAACAAAAAUGACAUGUUAAUAGAAAUAAUGAAAGGUCCCCAGUGCUGCUGUUACCACUACUUUGUUAGGAGUUUCUUGACUGAAUCUGA